CCGCUGUUCCAGUUUGGGUUUUCCGUUCGCAAGCUUCAGCCGCUGUCUCUCAACUCUCAAGCUUGCCCCGGCCCCCUCUCUCUCUCUCUGCAACUGCUAACUUGGUGAAUUUCCAUUGCACCAAACUGACCCUAAGGUCCAAACAGGCUUACAGCUAGGAACAGAUUUUCUCGGACUAGUGUUAAGAGACCAACAUCUGAGAGAGCCGAUUUUUCUCUCUCUACAUCUCCUGUACUCUCUCUCUCUACAUUCAUAUGGGAGACCAUUCGAGUCGGAGCAAUAGAACCAAGAAGAAAAGACGUUCGGAAGACACUACUACUCCUUCACCGUCAUCUUCGUCUCCGCCGAGCUCCGACGAGGUGGAACCCUCUGCGAAACGGCACAGAGGCAGACGAAGUCAGCACCACCGGAGCGAUGGAAGUUCGAGGAGAGAGAGAGAGAAGAGGAGAGAAAGGAAGAGAAGAGAGAGAAAGGAGAGGGAGAAAAAGCAUCGGAGGUCGCGGCGAGAGGGGAAGAGAAAGUAUUCGGACACAGAGUCGGACGGUGAGUCCGAAUCUGACGCCAGUGGUGAUAAAUUGGAGCCAGUGAGUCCGCGGAACGAACCUGAAGGUGUAGUUCGAUAUAUAUUGAAGAAAUUUCCUGGUGUAGAAGGUGAUUUAGAGCAGCUUCUGCGAAUGAUUGAUGAUGGACAAGCUGUUGAUAUAAAAGGAUUAUCUGAAAAGUCUUUGGUUAAGCAUCUGAAGAAGCUUUUUCAAUCAUUAAAUCUCAAAGAAAAUGGUGACCAAGUUUUCUUGCUGCCUUCAAAUGUUCGUCCUACUUUGGAGGUAGUUGGACCCAUUAUAUGCUCUCAUAUGGAACCUCAACAGCAACAGUUUGACCAUUUGGGAUCACCAAAUGAUAUUCAUUCUGUACCACUUACUACAGAUAGACAAGGAGUGGAUGACACUGAUAGUAAUUUGGAAAUGCCAUGUCCUGUGGAAGAUAUUGCUGCUCCUAGAAGGAGGACGAUUGGCCCUGAGAUGCCAUCUGCUGAGUUACUUGCUGCUGCAGCCAAAUUAACAGAAGCAGAAGCUGAUCUUAGGGAGGCUGAGUUAGAGGAAGACACUGGAGUAUUUAUUGGACCUCCACCACCUGCUUUGGUUAUUGAAGCUGAGUCAGCGAAUGAGGCGGAGCGUUUUGAAGAGGUAACACGAAUAAUGGGAGUCGAGGUUGACAGUCCAUAUGAUGUUCUAGGAGUGAACAGAAAUAUGUUAGCUGACAAUAUGAAGAAAAGGUACUGGAAGCUGUCUCUUAUGGUGCACCCAGACAAAUGCCCUCAUCCCCAAGCUAAUCAAGCAUUUAUCAAAUUGAAUAAAGCUUUUAAAGAUUUACAAGAUCCAGAAAAGCGAAAAGCACUGGAUGAUAAAAUCAGACUCAAGGAGGAACAGGAAGCAUUUAAGAAAGAGUUGAAAGUGUUACGUGAGGCUGCACAAUGGAGACGCCUGCAAGGUAUAUCCAUGGAGGGUGAUGAUGAGCUGCUGGCAGAAUUAGACGUGAAAGUGGAACCAAAGAGAGAUGAAUGGAUGACGACAUUACCUCCAGAAAGAAAACCUGGUGUGACUUCGCAAACGACUAAAUUUAGCAGGACCUCUAAAGGGCGAGGUGAUACCAGUGCUUGGACGGAUACCCCUACAGACAAAUCUCAGAAAGCAAAGAUGAAUUAUUUAGAAGCCUAUAAUGAGGCUGCAGCACUAGCUUCGAAAGAAGAAGACAAUAAAAGGGCAAAUUCAGAUGCACAACUGGUAGAUGAAUACAACAAAGCGAAACGAUCAAAGUCAUUGGUAGAAAAGCACCAAGAGGAUACUAGGAGCCGGUCAAAAAGAAAAUCCAAGCAGGAGCCGCUGACAAAAGAGGAGUGGGAAGGGCAGCAUCCAUGGAAGCCUUGGGAUCGCGAGAAGGACUUGACAGCUGGACGGCAAAGCGUAAAAUUGGACGCUGAUAACAUGUCUCAGGGUCUGACUUCCAGGUUUUCUUCGGGAUCCUUUCAACGGAACUUCCUUUAGGGCAAAAAAUGAAUGGCUUAUAUUGUUCUGUUCUUUGAGGUUCUUGUUUUAUUAUGCUGCUCACAACAGAAGUAGGAAUAUAUAAAACAACAUAGGCAAAGUUUUACUUUUGAUCUCUCUUGUAUUUCUUUUUUUUUUUUUUUUUUUAAAGCUCUCUGAAUUGUAUCUAUUGCUUUGUAUCUAUUUCUCAUAUCUUUACGAGAUGUUCAAUAAUAUUUAGUGAUGUUGGAAGCUGGUAUACAUUCCUCCUUGAGCA